AUCCUUUCCUCCUCCCCAAGUAGCUCUAGUCCGCCUCGCCGUCUCCUCCUCCUCGCCCCCAGAACCCGGCCGAGCGCUCCAAGUCGAAGCCUUCCUCCGUCGCCAUGUACCGCGCGGCCACCAGCCUCGCCUCCAAGGCCCGGCAAGCCGGUAGCAGCGCUCGCCAGGUGGGGAGCAGGCUGGCCUGGAGCAGGAAUUAUGCUGCCAAGGACAUCAAGUUCGGUGUAGAGGCCCGGGCCUUGAUGAUGAAGGGCGUUGAGGAGUUGGCAGAUGCAGUCAAAGUGACAAUGGGUCCUAAGGGACGCACUGUUAUUAUUGAGCAAAGCUUUGGUGCUCCUAAAGUUACGAAGGAUGGAGUGACUGUUGCCAAGAGUAUUGAAUUCAGUGACAGGGUAAAGAAUGUUGGCGCAAGCCUUGUAAAGCAGGUCGCUAAUGCUACUAAUGAUACUGCUGGGGAUGGUACUACAUGUGCUACCAUUCUGACAAAGGCUAUAUUCAGUGAGGGUUGCAAGUCCGUAGCGGCCGGAAUGAAUGCCAUGGAUCUGAGACGUGGUAUCUCAAUGGCUGUUGAUGCUGUGGUCACAAACCUAAAGGGCAUGGCCCGAAUGAUCAGCACAUCAGAAGAAAUAGCACAGGUGGGUACUAUAUCAGCUAACGGGGAAAGGGAAAUUGGUGAGCUAAUUGCAAAGGCUAUGGAGAAGGUUGGUAAAGAGGGAGUUAUUACUAUUGCGGAUGGCAACACUCUCUAUAACGAGCUUGAAGUUGUGGAAGGCAUGAAGCUUGACAGAGGUUACAUCUCUCCAUACUUUAUUACCAACCAAAAGAACCAGAAAUGUGAACUAAAUGAUCCCUUGAUUUUGAUACAUGACAAGAAAGUAUCUAACAUGCACGCGGUGGUCAAAGUGUUGGAGUUAGCUCUGAAGAAGCAAAAGCCUCUGCUUAUUGUUGCCGAAGAUAUAGAAAGUGAAGCGUUGGGUACCCUGAUUAUUAACAAGCUUCGUGCAGGCAUUAAGGUCUGUGCGGUCAAAGCUCCUGGUUUUGGGGAGAACAGGAAAGCCAACUUACAGGACCUUGCUAUCCUUACCGGGGCAGAAGUCAUAACUGAAGAACUUGGGAUGAACCUUGAGAACCUGGAGCCUCAGAUGCUGGGCUCUUGCAAGAAGGUUACAGUUUCUAAGGAUGACACUGUUAUCCUUGAUGGAGCUGGAGAUAAGAAGGCCAUUGAAGAGAGAGCUGAGCAGCUGAGAUCUGCAAUUGAGCUAAGCACUUCUGACUAUGAUAAGGAGAAGCUACAGGAGCGAUUGGCAAAGCUUUCUGGUGGUGUUGCUGUUCUAAAGAUUGGUGGGGCAAGUGAGGUGGAAGUUGGUGAGAAGAAGGAUAGAGUGACUGAUGCGCUAAAUGCUACCAAAGCUGCAGUGGAGGAGGGUAUUGUUCCAGGUGGUGGUGUUGCCCUUCUCUAUGCGUCAAAAGACCUGGAUAAGUUGCCGACUGCAAACUUUGACCAAAAGAUUGGUGUCCAAAUCAUUCAAAAUGCUUUGAAGACCCCGGUGCACACUAUUGCUUCAAAUGCAGGUGUAGAAGGGGCUGUCAUUGUUGGCAAGCUUUUGGAACAGGAAAACACUGAUCUAGGCUAUGAUGCAGCUAAAGGUGAAUAUGUGGACAUGGUGAAGGCUGGUAUCAUUGACCCACUUAAAGUGAUCAGAACAGCCCUGGUGGAUGCUGCAAGUGUGUCUUCUCUCAUGACUACCACAGAAUCGAUCAUUGUUGAGAUCCCUAAGGAAGAGAGCAAUGCACCAGCAAUGGGCGGCAUGGGUGGAAUGGAUUACUGACAUACUUCCCUGGCACAUGUCAAAGCAAUGUGAUUACGUGAAACAUUAAUACUAGAUCCUUUCUGCAGUGUGUAUUCAUCAUUAUCUGUCUGAUGAGGAAGUUGCCCAAAUUUUGAUCCUACUGCAAGAGGAUUACUAACUUGAAAUAGAGGUAGUGCUGGAAAUUGGAACGAACCGAAUCCUUUUAUACGAGCACUGAAAGUUUAUUUUUUGGAUCAAAUUGUGGUUGCUCCGCAACUGAUCUCGUUUACACCUACUACUUGUUUCCUUGAUACACCGGGCGACUGGACGGUUGUGCCACCUUUCUGUGGAAGUGAAGUUGUUUAUUGGGGUAGUACUGAUUUUCAAGAUGAAUAUUAGAUGUCGAUUUGAUGGUGUGAGAUC